AUGGGUGAAUCAUCCGAAGAAACCCAUCCUGAUGACGCGAAGCUCCCAGCAAGGCUUCAGCACCUAACAUGGAUGCAGGCCUGGUACACAUUUCCCAUGUCGACUGGAGGUCUGGCACUCCUGCUCUCACCCAGCACGCAGCCACACACGUUCCAAGGCCUCGAGAUCAUUGCAAAGAUCGUCUACAUAUUCGACCUCGUCAUAUUCACCUUAAUUACCUGCGCGAUGUUGUACAGAUUUACGCAACAACCGUCGCUACUCCGUGAAAGCAUCUUCCACCCAACAGAGGGGUUGUUCAUGCCCACCAUCUUCCUCUCCCUAGCCAGCAUCAUCGGCGGUACAAAGCUGUACGGGAUCCCAAGCAGCGGCCCAUGGCUAGUGGUAGCCUACCGCGUACUUUUCUGGAUAUACUUCGCCGUGACCUUCCUCGUUGCCAUAGGGAUGUACUACGUACUGUUCUGCCACCCCUCGCUCAAAGUUGAUGAUAUGACUCCAGCCUGGGACCUUCCAAUCUUUCCGGUAAUGCUGACCGGAACGAUUGCAGCCAUCGGCGCAUCCAGUCAGCCUACGGAACAAGCGGUUCCAAUCAUUGUUGCCGGGGUUUUGUCUCAGGGACUCGGUAUGAUCGUCAGUGUGCUCAUGUACGCAUGCUACAUUCGCCGCAUGAUACAGUUCGGAUUUCCUUCGCCAACCAGCAGACCUGCUAUGUUCAUUGCCGUGGGCCCGCCGGCAUUCACUUCGCUCGCCUUGAUAGGUAUGGCUGAGGCGUGGCCUGAAGAUGCUAAUUAUUUCGGUACGGACGGCGCCUCGCUGAGGGUUGUGUUGUUAAUACUAGCAACCAUGUCAUCGCUCUUCAUCAUAGGUGCAGCGUUUUGGUUCUUCUUCAUUGCAUUGCUUGCGACUUGUGCAGUCGGGAAGGAGCUUACAUUCCACCUCAACUGGUGGGCUUUCAUUUUUCCCAAUGUAGGUUUGACCAUCUCGGUCAUAAGGAUUGGCAAUCAGUUUGGGAGCGAAGGCGUUCUAUGGGUUGGCAGUACCAUGACUAUGCUACUCGUUGCCGCAUAUUUGUUCAUUUUGGUUAUGAAUAUCAAGGCAGUUCUUAAUAAGGAAAUUCUUUUCAAGGACAAGGACGAAGACACUUAUAUCAAAGAGGGCAGAUCUAAAGUAAUGUAG